UUCCGAAACACCUGGCCGGUCUCGCAGGUACAAGACGUUAACUUGAGGUUUUCAAAUCUUGUAAAAGAAAAUCCUUGACGAAUUUAUAAUCAACGAACAUGGUUUUUUUUUCUAACUCAACGUCAGUUAUCAACUGCAGCGAUACAAAUGCCCCAAGUGAGCUGUCUUACCUUACUGCUUCGCUAUCUGGUGUAUUUUUCUUCAUCAUYGURUCUGGAAAUCUUCUCAUUGUCAUCGCGAUUAUCAAAGACCCUUACMAUGACUUAAAGAAGCCUUUUAUKAAAAUGGUUGGGAAUUUGGCCUUAGCGGAUUUGAUUGUCGGGUUAGUUGUAACGCCGGUUUCCCUAGCACAUCAUGUCAUGGAAGGAAUGAACGCUGAAGUUUCGCUGUGGCUGUUACGUGUGCUACAUUUGUCUUACUUUAUUUCUUGUACGGCAUCGUUAUUGUGCAUUACAGCAAUUGCGCUUGAUAGGCAUAUUGCCAUUGCUUUCCCGUUGCAUUACAAGUCYACUUAUCUAAAACGCAAUCCUGUGAAAUGCUAUGCACUGAUCUGGUUUGUUGCUUUUGGCCUUCCCUUUCUGUAUCUUAAAGUGGGUUAUAUCAAAUACGCAUUCGUGUUUGGCAACAUAGCAAUUAUCACAGCCAUUUUAUUCUUAUUUUCAUCGCUUUACAUCAUAAGGAAACUCUCCCAAAGACACAAAGAUCAAACCACAAGCGGUCCAAGCGGUGAGCAAAUACAGAGAUACAGCACAGGUGUGGAAAAACGAUUAACCAAAGUAUUUUCCCUGAUUCUCRCUGCUUAUUUAAUCUGUUAUUUCCCGUCCUGUUCAAUAAUCUACAUCAUGAACUUGUGCACAUCGUGUGGUUGUGAAACCAUCCAUUGGUUACGAGAUAUGCAGUUUGUUUUGGUGUUGYUGAACAGUUGUAUCAACCCGUUUUUAUAUGCCUGGCAGAUUAAAGGGUUUCGAAAGGCUUUUAGGAUUAUAGUUGGGUCAUUUCUUAAACGUAGUUCAUCGUCCUAUCGAGUUCCRACUUCGAGCGACGGAAAAGGCGGAAAGCGCGAGAACAAGGAACUUACAAGCGAACAAAAAGUCGUGCAAAAUGAAAAAGGAAUUGUUCAUUAG